AUGGAGGGAGGUCUCGAUCAGCUGAUUGAGUCGCUGUUGACCGAGAUCGCAUUUUCUGGCGUUCGAGGUUGCUCUGUCACCACUUUAUUGGAGGCUAUUAAAUCCUUUUAUAAAGACCCUCGGGAUGACACUAGUAAUCCUGUCGCGGAGCUCCAGAGCGAAGGGCCCGGGGAGUUAGGCGAUGCCGACGGAAACAUCGCUGACUCAAAUGAGAAAUCUAGGGGGUUACGUGAUGAUGGCGGCUGUGACCUUGCCGUGGCCUCAAAAGUCUGGCGAUGGCUCGUCUUGCGACCGGAUGUAUCAGUUGGCGUCGACAGGCAAUUUAAUCAUCUCAGUUUGGACGAUAUCUUGGGCCUUCCGGAAGAAGAGAUCCCCUCGUGCUCUACGGGCGAAAUUAGAAAAUCACAGAAUGAAGGCGUCACCUCGGCCAAGAAAACCAAGCGUCGCUCGAAUGCUUCACGAGCCCCAGGAAUUCCCUCUCCAAGUCAUAGACCACGUCUCCGUGUAUCCGAGGAGCGACAAUGGAAAACGCUUGCUGGACAUGGUCCGGAUCUCAAGCGCGUGCCGCUGUACGAGUGGCGAGCACUUGUAGACAUUGCAUCGGUGAAGGAGAAGGGCAUUCUCCAGGGCGACCUGGUUCGGUUGUCCGGUCAAGACAAGCGGUCGCUCCCGAUGCGUACCGAUGCUCUGGCGAAAAAAGGGUACAUAAUUAAACAGCCAAUAAUCCUCCGCGGAUGUCGAUCAAGCAUGCUAUGGCUAGCUCAAUUUGCCGACAGCGCGAAGGAGAACCGUGACGGGCUGAAUCCGUUAGAGGUCAACUUGACGAAAGCGGCCUUGACUAGAGAUCUCCUUCCUGUCCCAUUCAGUCACUGCUGGAACGGGGGGAGACUCGACUACAUAGCCAUCGCCCAAGCAUUCAAUGCCGUCGUUAAGGCGUGGGGCAUAAUCCGGUAUUGCGAUAUACGAGUCAAGUUGGAUGUCGAGGAGCGUGUGCCUCAAAUGCGAGCGUUGGCAAAGACUUCGCGGUGGUUCACUAGCAUCGGUGCGGUUGCUUUCGUAGCCGCAAAAUUCGCCGGCAACAACAGGCUCUUCAAGGAUUGUGUCAAAUUUAUUCGGGAACCGACAGCCGAGGAAUGGAGAGUCUUUCGGAGUACACCGAAGGCCUAUGUCAAGCUCCCAUCAGCGCGGCUGGGGAAACGAGGACAAGCGUCUCGGGAGAGGCAUAGGAAAGAAGCAUCUAACCCGCAACACCAAGCCAAGGCGAGCCAAGCACCGGGAAAAAGGCGAGAAAGCCAAUCGCCCGAUCAAGAGCCGGCGGAAUCAUUGUGGACUCCCUACAAACCUAUUGUGAACACGGUAUUCGAGAUAAUAAAGAGAGCAGGACCAAACGGAUCCGUGAAUCUGGCGGUUAGCCACCGCACACUGGGGUACAAUUACCGAAAAUACAUCGUCGCUCUCAUCGCAGCAAUCUCGUCACAUUCUCAACCUUCCCAUCUUGAACAUUUCGAUGUUACAUCACAGCUAUAUCGUGUGGGGAAGACAAUGACUUACCACUUCUUCGCAAAAGACGAGAUCCCCGAGAGCAGGGAUAGGGCCCGGGAGGCGGCCACUGCUGUAGGAGCCACUGAUGGAGAGGCUUCACAACGACCUUCUAGUACCCGGGCCAGCAGGCCAACAUUUUCACAACCGUUACAGUCGAAGUUUGCACCCGCAAGUGCAUCAUCACUCGCUCAGCUAAGUAGCUACUUGCAUAUACCAAAACCUGAGACUGUAAGGGGGCGAAAACGAAAGGGCGUCUUUGGCGAUGGAUCUAGGGGAAUCGCGAGCAGGGACCAGUGCCCACGGGAUAAAAAGGUGGCUAGAAUAGAGGGGACGGAAGUGAACGUGGAAAAGGAGGUUACGAACGACCAAGAAGGGCGUCCCCACGAACACACGGCUGAAAUUGCAUCUACCACGAGCCCUCGCCCGCUAAGUGAUGCUCCAGAACGAAUAGCACUCCCUCCACCGCCUCCUAGACCACCAGGUGUCUAUCGCGAGCCCAAUAACUUUCUCGAUCCGCCUGGGCGGAGAGGGCGUCGAAGAAAGUCGCUUGUUCUUACGCUUAAGCUAGAGUCGCUUAAGAACGCGUCAUUCCUUGCAAGGGGUCCUGUUGGACAAACUACUACUGCUGGGGAGACACGCGAAGUCGAAACCCCCCUUGCCACAGCUACAGAAGAGACCAUAUCUCAAAAUAUGGGUUCAGAGGACCCGUCAUCUUCUGCUAGUGCACCAGCAGCGGAGGCUGGACAACAGCUGGUAGGAAAAGGUAGGGUUCGGGGUGCUGGUACAGCGCCUUACCGAUGUGACAAGUGCGGAAAGAGCUGGAAAAACCCGAACGGCUUGGAUUAUCACCUCACCAAAUCUCGUACUACUUGCAACCCAAAUCACGUUCAGCUUCCUCACUCUCUACCCACCACGCCGCUUCCUAAGAGAGCCCCCCCUGAGAGCAGGCCCCCGGGAAUUUCCACGUCGAAAUCAUCUGCAGACAACAACCAGCGCGGGGGCCUUACUACCCCUGCCGCCCGUCGCUGGUUGGAUUUGUCAAGUAAGACGCCCCAUCGUGCUCCGGACGACAAACAGCGUCUUCCCCUUCUCCCCUCCAAGCGUAUUCGCCAAAAUAAUUUGAGCACAACUACCCAAUAUACUGGGACGCCAUCCAAGCCUAGGUCUAUAAGAGGCUCUCUUAUCUUACAGGAUAUCGAAGCAUAUACUAUUCUUGAUCAUCGACGACGACGAGAGAAUCUUCAAGUUGCACCGCAUAGCGCUUAUAGUACAACAGCCCACCCCCCUCAAACUCAGACCCUACACGGACCGUCGCAAGGGACACCUAAACGACCGCCAAGGAACGAACAAGAAGUUGCUCGAGGGAAGGAGACAUUAAACAACACGCUUCCUGGCCAUUCUGUUGGCAGACAUGAAGCAAAUAAUCAGAGACAGAUUGGAGGGCUUUGCUGGGAACCUAAUGUCGGAUCCUCAUCACUAAAUCCUCCAAUAGACCCGGUGACUGAAGGAAAGGUAUCGGAGAAUGGACCGAUCACCGAUGCAGCGUUACCGGACCUACCGACUAUUUCUGGGAAAAGCCGCAAGCCGUCUGCUAGAACGCUUGGAGCCACGCGCAGAGAACGUUCUUCUAGGAUUAUACAACUUCUCCUGGAUGGAAAUGAAGGUGUAUUCCCCGGGAAACGAUCUCUGUAUUUGGCGGUGGUGUCUUUCUGGAUCAAAGAAUACAGCGACAUGCCCCCCCCUGACUGGAAGGUAUUGCAGAACGUGGUAAACAGGAUGGAGAAAGAAAAGACGAUAACUCAGAAUCACUUCUUCUUCAUCGACGGCAGUGGUAAGCUCCAGGAUUGUUGCGUCCUGGUCAAAAAUCUCCAAGAGGAAAAUGGUGCACCAAACUCGGCUACUGACGCCAAAGUGGUUAUUAUUAAGGAGAAGAUGAGAGAGAUGUUUCCGGAGCCCUAUAUACCGGAAGCAUUUUCCCCGUCCCAGGUCGAGAGCGAAUUGUUUGAUGCUCUCGCAUCAAAGUACAGGGAUGAUUCACAGGAGGGGGAUGCCCGUAAACAACAGCCGAAAUCGAAUGCGACGGGGGACAUUGAGGUUCUGCGCUACCCAGCACAUAUCAUGAGCGACGUACCCGUGAAUUUACCCAACUCGAAGCGGCUUAUUGAAGAGGUCGAGGACACAGAUGCGGCGCCAACUAAAAAAGCUCGUGUUGAAGCUGACCAGUCGCAGAGGGCUGAGAAGACUCGGAAACGAAGAGAGUACUGGCAAACCGGGGAUAUCGCACAAUACAUUUGGAACCAGAAACGAAGCUCACGGGACAGUUGGGACCAGAGGUCCUCCCUCCUCCAGGACUUUGAGAGGGGGACAUGGUCAAGUCCCCCCGAAGAAGUGUCCUUCCCAUGGCCUAGCGUCGAUGUAGUCUUAUCGUCGCUUCAGAAAACUCGCGAGAAUUCACUGCCUUCGGUGCCGCGGCGCCCUGGACGCCAAACCCAGGCUCCUAGUAAGGUGUCGAGACCGGCUCAUAUGAGGCUUUACGAAACGAGCCUCAGGGAUGGUUCUCCUCAAGACGGCGAAAACGAAGAGCACGAAGGGAUAGCGCUUAACGCCACUGAAAACGCGGAGGGGUCCGUACCGAUGGACCUAUUCGUGAAGCCGUCGAUAUCCACGUCUUUUGUGCCUGAAGACGUCGGAUCUGAAGAAGAGGAAGACGACAUCACGCCGAUUGACACCCACCAAGACGGCGAUGCGGACGACUUUUCAAAUGCCCGUUCUAAUGAGCUCAGCGUAAAGUUCACCGAGGGAAAAAUCAUUCAAAGUACGCAUCGGGGCUAUUGGCCUCGACAGCCGACAAGUUUCUUCGAAUCGAAUUCGAUGAGUUUCAUGCUAGCCGGAGCCAUGCCGGAUGCCAGAUGGUUCCAACGGGAGAAUCUACCACAGAGCACCGAGGAAAUCGUAAAAACGUGUAGGGGUCACUUUAACCCCAAUAACUGGGUAGACCCGUCAUACGGCAAGUUCCUCCGCGAAGUGGACGCGAUCGAGAGAUGGGAACAAUCGACCGAAGGCUCCCAGAUUCUGUUGCACGGGUCAAUUGCGCCCGAUUACAUAUUUCUCCCCCUCGGGACUGAGGUUUCGGGCGGUGGCACGGUACCUGUCACGCUCGAAUGGCCGAGUAAAAGUCAAUAUACUGCCGAUAACAUGCCGAAUGAGAUCAAAGACGCGCCCUCUGGUGAUGGAAAUGCCGGUUUUCUAUACCAACCUCGCCGCCGGGGUAGACCGAGACAAGAUAACGGUGCUGGGCUGGGGCCCGAGAGGCGAUCCAAGACCAGCGCGGAGAAGGCGAAAGCCGUGGCAAGGCCUCAGCGGCUUCGGAGAGCCCAACCGGAGGUUCAGUACAAGAUGCGGUCACUCCGACCAAUUCCCAUCCAACACCGAGGGCGUGUGAGUAGACCGAAGCCAGACGAAGGAAACAUUGGCCUCAAUAGCGAGGACGAGCUAAUAGCCGCGCAUGUUGUCUUCAAGACUCUCCUGGGGGGUAUCGAGAGGCUCGCAGAUCUGGGAUCGAUUCUCCAAAUCUUCCCCAAAUUUUCUCUUUCGGCUCUAAGAAGAUUCUGGUCCAGGAUCAGCCGGGAGCGAAAGACCUACAUCGAUGCUUUGACGUCGAAAUUCCAAUCGGCAUUUCUCGAGGCCUACGAGACGGGCGAUAUCCCACCUCUUAAUUACGACGACAUCGACUCGUAUGACUGGAAGGCUCUGAUCAUUUGGACGAGCAAGCUAGAGACACACGAGAAUGUGGACCUUCCCGGAUCUCGCCGCGCCUUGGACGAGAACUAUUCUCUCGAAAAUCCCGUCAACGAAAUCGCUGAUUGGCGGGAGAUCUGGUUCUCUAGUGGGGCGUCGAUCUACUCCCGAGUCGAAGCCGUGUCCGGCGAACCUCUCUCGAAACCUCUGGAGGCCAGCGCGCACGUUGAUGAGGCGAGCAUAAGCCUCGCAAGAUCAUGGGUCCGGUCUCUCUGCUGCACGCCCAUCACGGGAGCCGAGAUGCCGGAGCGGAUUCGUGCGAAGCUUCUCGAGCUGGCUGGCAGGGAUGAAGCCGAGACGAACGAGCUGCUGAAAAGGGUAGUGGAUCAGCUGACGACGGAGAAAAUUGCGGCCAGGAGCAAGGGGAAGAUCCUCGGCCAGUCGUUAAGACUCCACGGCGUGUUCGUGAAGCAGCUCGAAAAGCAGUCCCACUUCGAGAAGCUUACGCAGGCGGUCGAGUUCAAGGCGUCGCUGGACGAGGCCUUCGGCCGGGGGGAGGAGUUCCUGCUGCCGUACGCGGCCAACGACGGGAUGAUCAUCGCGGCGCUCAACCUCCAAGCGUACGGGCGCGUGCGCAUCGAGCCGGUCGACAUGCCGCACAUCCCGCUGGGCUUCGAGCCGGGCAACUACGACGGGAGGACGUUCCCGAAGAGCUACUACCACUUCCAGGUGAAGGUGGCGCCGACGGCGAGCUACGUCGCCGACGCGGACAUGCCGGUGCUGGCGCGGGCGCGGGCCGCGGCGGUGCCGCGGCGGGGGCCGCGGGGCGAGGUGCCGAUCUGGGUCGACCUGUUCGGCCGGCUAGACGAGGACCGCUGGGCGGCGUACCUGGGGAUGACGGCGAUGGCGCUGGCGACCAAGGGCCCGCUGACGCCGGCCGGCGCCGCCGUGCUGCUGAAGCCCCUGGUCGAGCCCUUCGAGGCCGAGCUGGUGGCCGGCUGGCUCGACGGCCUCGGCCUCGCCCAGCGCGUCGCCUCCGACCGCAGCGCGGCCGCCGGCGAGUGGUGGUGGCUCGUCGCCGGCCAGGCCAUGGCGCACUGGAAGGAGAAGGGCCGCCAGAGGAGGGAGAGGGAGGCGGCGGGGGGCGUCGCCGUCGAAGGCUGA